AUGGCACUUUUAACAUCCUCUCAGCAAUUGAAUUUCGAGUAUUUCACAUACGAAGAAUUCGCAAAUGCAGAUAGAAAAGAAGGUGAGAAGGUAAGGCGAUACAUUGGUGUCAGAAAGCGGCCAUGGGGAAAAUUUGCAGCAGAGAUCAGGGAUUCAACCCGAAAUGGGAAGAGAGUUUGGUUGGGGACAUUCAAUACUGCAGAGGAAGCGGCAUUGGCAUAUGAUCAAGCAUCAUAUUCAAUGAGGGGGGUUUCAUCUUCGUUAAAUUUCUCUGUUGAGACUGUGAAGGAGUCCUUGAAAGGAAUCAAGUGCUGCAGUAGCAAGGUUGAGGGAUCUCCAGCAGUCGCUUUAAAGGAGAUGCACAAGCGUCGAAAAAAGUCGUCGUCCUUGAAUUCAAAAGAAAAGAAACAGCGGACAAAUUUAUUGGUGUUAGAAGAUUUAGGAUCUGAUUUGUUGGAGGAGCUUUUGAGUUCUUACUAA